AUGUGGGAUACCAAAAACACUAAACUGGUCAAAGUUAUACUCAAGGUAGAAAAGGAAGAGAUACCGCAGGAAAUAGAACAGGCUGUAGUGCCUUGGGUAUGGGAAACAGGGGUCCCUGGAAAAUCCAAAGCUGCUACUCCAGUUAGAAUAGAAUUAAAAGAAGGAACACAACCUGUUAGAGUGCGACAAUACCCAAUUAGUUUAGAAGCCAGGAAAGGAAUAGCCCCAAUGAUCUCACAGUUUUUAAUUUUAGGGAUAUUAAAAGAAUGUGAGUCAGAGUUUAAUACUCCCAUUUUUCCAGUAAGAAAACCUAAUGGUAAGUAUAGGUUAGUACAGGACUUGAGAGCAGUAAACCUCAUUACAAAAGAUAUCCACUCAGUUGUAGCAAACCCCUACACUUUGUUAACAUCUGUUUCUGAGAGAUUUCAGUGGUUUACAGUGAUUGACCUGAAAGAUGCCUUCUUCUGCAUACCACUGGCACCAGAAAGUUGGAAGAUUUUUGCCUUUGAGUGGGAAAACCCAGAGACUGGACGAAAGCGACAGCUUACUUGAACUCGAUUACCACAAGGAUUCAAAUGUUCACCUACGAUAUUCGGUAAUCAGUUAGCAAAAGAACUUGAAGAAUGGAAGACUACUCAGGUAAAAGAAUCUCCUUUUUCAUAUAUAAUACUUCAAUAUGUUGAUGACAUCUUCCUGGGGGCUACAGAACAGGGACUCUGUCGUCAGUUAACCAUUGAACUGUUAAACAUGCUGGGACCAUUAUAUGAAGCAGUAAAAGAGCCCAAGCUGACCUGGGGGACGAAGCAGGAGAAAGCAUUCCAGGAACUGAAAAGAACCCUCCAGGAGGCACCUGCCCUGGGACUACCGGACCUAACCAAAGAAUUCCAGCUUUAUGUCUGCGAGAGACAACGAACGGCUUUAGGAGUACUCACUCAGCGGUUAGGAUCCUGGAAGAGACCGGUUGGGUAUUUCUCCAAACGGCUGGACGCAUAUCAGGCUUUGUUAAGAGAGCAAGAUGAACUGAAAAUCACUAACCAUCUCAACCCAGCAGAAUUCCUUAGGUCCACAAAGGAAGAAGGUGUCCUGGAGCACGACUGUGUAGAGACCAUUGAACAGGUCUACGCGAGUAGAAAAGACCUGAAGGAUGAACCAUUGACAGAUCCUGACUGGGAGUUGUACACCGACGGAUCUAGCUUUGUAGAAAAUGGCACCAGGUAUGCUGGGUAUGCAGUAGUUACUCUACAACAAGUGAUAGAAGCAAACGCACUACCCCCAGGAGACCAAGUCUAUGUGAAAAACUGGUCGGUGGAACCGUUAAAGGAAACAUGGGAUGGUCCUCGCCAGGUGAUAAUGACCACUUACACGGCGGUGAAGGUCGAGGGAAUCGACAAUUGGAUCCAUUACACCCGAAUCAAGAAGGUUCCAGUCUCGUGCUUCCUUCUCCUCUUCCAUGGAGGUGCAGCACCCGCCGGCAAGGCUCCCCCUGUCUCUCCCCUCUCCUGCAAUGGGCGCGCCCGGGGGCACAACCGCGCACGCAAAGCGCGCGCGGCGCGGGAAGGGGCCGCGGCAGCCCGCGCCUCCGUCCACGAGGGACAGGGGCCCCCCCAGCAGGGGGUCCCGCCCCCGGAAAAGCGGGAAGGGGCCGCGGCAGCCCGCGCCUCCGUCCACGAGGGACAGGGGCCCCCCCAGCAGGGGGUCCCGACCCCGGAAAAGCGGGAAGGGGCCGCGGCAGCCCGCGCCUCCGUCCACGAGGGACAGGGGCCCCCCCAGCAGGGGGUCCCGACCCCGGAAAAGCGGGAAGGGGCCGCGGCAGCCCGCACCUCCGUCCACGAGGGACAGGGGCCCCCCCAGCAGGGGGUCCCGCCCCCGGAAAAGCGGGAAGGGGCCGCGGCAGCCCGCGCCUCCGUCCACGAGGGACAGGGGCCCCUCCAGCAGGGGGUCCCGCCCCCGGAAAAGCGGGAAGGGGCCGCGGCAGCCCGCGCCUCCGUCCACGAGGGACAGGGGCCCCCCCAGCAGGGGGUCCCGCCCCCGGAAAAGCGGGAAGGCCGGGGCAGGAGAGCAGAACUGAAUACACAUCCCAAAUGA